CCUAUUAAAACAUUGGAACUCCAAAAUCCCUCCCGCCAGUUCGCCAAACGGGAAGAAGGAACAUGAAGGAAUACCAAACAUCAGUACCAAAGGAACGCUCCCGGUUUUCGGAGAUCUCCGGUCGCCGAUCGAGAGAGUCUCAGUCGAGAAAACAGCAGAAGAUCGUGAAAAAGAGCUUGAGUCCUGACUUUUCGGCGGUUUCUGAAGGUGUUUUCCCUCAGAUUACUGACGAACCCAUCGAUUUCUCUUCAGUUUCUGAGAUUUCAGACUCUAACUACACCGGUGAUCUAACGGAGAGCUUUGUCCUGUCAAGUGAUCAAGUGCUUUUGGCUUUAUUGGAAACCUCCACAGUGUCUGAUCUCACUCCCCGUCCAAAGAUUAGCUCUAUCAUCGAGGAUGAACAGAUUAGUAGUUCAAAGGUUGGCUCGGCUGAGGUGGAGAUUGUGGCUAAACUUCUUGGACAAGAGAAUCCAAAUUCUGUUGACUUGGACUGUCAAUCCAGGAAGAUCGUAGAUGCUUUGACCAAGGCUGUUUUACAUGAGAUUUAUGAUAAGCCUGAAGAGCAAGAUCUGGUCAUUGAUGUAGUUUCCUUGAGAAGAAAUGCUGUGUUAGUCUGCUUCUUCACCUGGAUCCUUGUUGUCUUGAUAAUUUUGCUCUUCAGCGCAGAUGGCUUUGACACUUUCCAUGGACGAGUGCCAACUUGAAGUGCUCCAAGGAGGAGCAUCCAUAAACUGAUUGAUCAAUAGAGGCUUUAGGGGGCAAAAGAGGAACCAACAUCUGGAACAAAGCUUGCCGACUUGCAUCACUGCUCUUGACAACAGAUAAGCAGGUAAGUUGAUCUACUAAAAGCCGACAUCUCUAACUAAUACAUUUUAGGACUGAACUCUUAAAAUUUCAUGGUUUUACCUUAGAAUGAGGUAAAAGCUUUGAAUUAUCAUCAUUCAUUACUGCUUACCUUGGCAAUAAUUAGUACAUGGACAUGAAUUUACUGGCUGAAUCGAAAACUGCUUUAAAUGAUAUUCUUGAAACCCUCUUCACCAUCCAUAUAUAUGCUGUACUUGUUUAAUGCUUUCGCCCUUGUUGGUGCUCAU